CACCCCGCAAAUAUUCGUGGUCCAGUGCUACUGUGAUUCCAGUUGUUUUCACAUCCCCUCACUAACAAAGGGACCAAGAGCUGCUGUCUCUUACAUCUCCGAUUAAAUGUGGUGAGCGAUGCGCAAGUAACGAUUUGACGCUCAACGAGGCGAGAACGAAGCGCUCCGUAAAUAAAAAGCCGAGUAUACACCUUACUCUCAAGAAGAAAAUCCAGGAGAGACUUUGAAAAGUUUCGGACAGACCUGAUUGAACGCAAAAGCUAAAAAAAUGGUGUCGGCCGGACUGGAGAUCGUGGGACUGUCGCUGUGCGUAAUUGGCUCGCUCCUGGUGAUGGUUGCGUGCGGGCUGCCUAUGUGGAAGGUGACGGCUUUCAUCGAAGCCAACAUUGUGGUGGCUCAGACAAUCUGGGACGGCUUGUGGAUGUCGUGCGUGGUGCAGAGCACGGGCCAGAUGCAGUGCAAGGUGCACGACUCCGUCCUCGCCCUCAGCCACGACUUGCAGGCGGCCAGAGCGCUCACCAUCAUCUCCUCGGUGAUGGGCGUGCUGGGGCUCAUGGUUGUGAUUGCCGGGGCACAGUGCACCAACUGUAUCCGCACAGAAUACGUAAAAGCCCGGGUGGUGAACGCCGGAGGGGCCAUCUACAUCAUCAGUGGCUUGUUUGUGCUGGUACCUCUCUGCUGGAUGGCCAACAGCAUCAUAUCGGACUUCUACAACCCGCAGGUUCCCCCAUCCAAGAAGAGGGAGAUCGGCGCUGCGCUCUACAUCGGCUGGGCAGCUACGGCGAUGCUGCUGAUCGGAGGAGCGCUGCUCUGCUGCUCCUGUCCCUCCAGCGGGAACUCGGGAUACUCGGUAAAAUACGCACAGACCAAGAGAGCCACGCAGAACGGGGACUAUGACAAGAGGAAUUAUGUGUAGCUAUGUGGCUCGUUGCAGGCGGUGCGUAAAAGUGACCUGCAGCUUUUGAAAAACUUUUUUUUGACGGACGUUAUCUUUGCACCUGCAGUUUUUUUUUAAAUAGAAAUCUGAACUUUGAAAAUCAAUGGAAACACUUCUGCUGUUUUUUUUACACUGGCCCUUCAAUAAGCUCGGACCACAAAUUCACAAAUCCUUUUUGUAUCUACAGGAGAUUUUUAAAAAGACUAUCAACUACAAGAGGUAGCUCACGACAAAAAGGAGUAUCUUUGUUAGGUACCAGCUUUUGUAAGUUUUCGAAAUGAUUAGUAUUUUGAAUUGUUUACUGUUGUAACUGCAAAGUUUUUUUUUCUUUUCCAGAGGAACUCUUGCCAUUAAAUAUAUACACCGUUGCUUUGCCUUGAUGUGCACUGUCAGCACAAACCUGUACAGUAACUGAGAAUGAAUUGCACUCCCACACAUUCAUUUCCUUUAGUGGAACUACGCCGACAUGUUGAGGACUUCAACAAUGUCCAGUAACAGAAAGAAAGAAGAAAAGUGCAUGCAUGGUAAAGCCCUAAUAAACGUUGGACAGGCUCUUGUGUUGUGCAGACGUUGAUGGCGUUGACUAUAAAGUUUGCAGUUUAAUUUGGACCUGUAGAUCCCAGACAGCCUGAGAUCUAUAGGUCACAACAUGAAAUGUUACAGUCGGCUGCACUGAGCACCUGCAAAAGGUUUUUGCAUCAUUGUCACUGCAGGAAAUCUGUUUUCUUUUCACAAAUUCUAGGAAUAAACUUUGUUUUCUGUUG